AUCAGAUGACCUCAACAAUGUGUUUUUCAAUAGGAAUUCGCAAAUGGGGAAUUACCCAAAUCCAUUUCUUCUUUAUCUGGACACCUAAAUGAGUUUACGUUACGUUAUAACUGCGUUAUAAUCAGAAAAACGUGCCAAGUAUAAGGAAUAACGAGUGUCCACGGUCAAAAUGUCCCAACUGGAUCCCAAGAACCCUUUAAUUAAGCAACAUGCCACUCUGAACACCCUAGACUAUUAUUCAAAAGGGGCCAAACCUAUAAAAGAAGAAAAUUUUAUAACAUUAGGAUUUCAAAACAAACUGGCUGUAGUGGAACAAGUCCCAGUAAUCACUAUUGGCACCUUGAAAACCAAACUUUCUGGGCAACUAAAUGUUUUAAAGCCCAUUUCCUACUUGCCAGCAGCAAAAAGUAAGUUUAUUAACUUAAACGGGAAGAAGCUUUUAGUGGUACCUCCAGAGAAGAUUCCAGACAAGGUGAAGAAUAUGGUAAAGAUUAAUGCACCCUUUGCCAACCCUAAAGUACUCCCCAACAAGGCUCUGCUGCCAGUUAAAAUGUUUAAAUCAGCUGAUAAACAUGUAAAACAAACAGUUACUGAUAAAGGUAAAGGCAAUGAGAUAAAACCAAACAUCGUAAAUUCCCCAGUCAUUCAUGUACAAACCAUCACAGAGGCAAGUGAUUCGCAUCAAUAUAAGUUGGUACAGUCUCCGGUACAAGAAUAUUGUGAAUUAGCAGAUUUGCAUCUUUUGCCAGCUGUUUUUGGUAGAGGUAAAAAACUGCUUAACAGUAGAAAUUUAAAAGUGUUAAAUAAAAUGCAGGCCUUAAAUUUAUCAAUGAAAAAAGAUCAGCAAGUGGAGCCGCAACAAGAGAAAGCCAUUCAAACUAAUGUGAAUCUAUUAGUGGAUAAGGAGGUGCAAACUGACCCCACUCCAAAACCAUCAAUGAAUAAUUUUGAUUCUUAUGAUUUUCUUAGUAUGUUUGAGAAUAGUAACGAUUCACCCAUAAUAAGAGAUGUGAACAUUGGUACUGGGCCUAAUAUAGGGAAAGUUUCUUAUGUGGAUAAUAAUGUGUUUCCUAGUGGUUUUUCUUUGGCUGGUGGAAAGGAAAUUGUCUUGAGUGAAACUAAGAGGAAACAGUUGAUGUUCUUUACUGAUCUACGAGAGUGUUUGAACUAUAAUGCAGAGGGAAAUUUGCCCAUACAUGAGGGAGUCAUCGAUGCUAAUGUACAUCUAGUGCAGAGGAAUUGUGUCGCAUUAAAAGCUCGGAAAGCUGAUGUCAAUGUGGAAAAUCAUAAUGGCUGUACCCCACUCCAACUAGCAAUAAUAAACAACUCCACGGUGCCAAUAGUGCGUAUCUUAUUGGACUUUAACGCGGACAUCACAGAAGCAGACGGAGACGGCAACAAUAUCCUGCAUCUUUGUGCCAAAUUUGGGAGAUUACAAAUAUUAGAAACCAUUUUGGAACAUGUGAGCUUUAAGAACAACGCGAACUGCAUUAAUAGUUUUAAUUUUGAAGGUGUUACACCCUUAAUGAUAUGCUGCAUAUCCAGUUGUACCCAGGGGGCCAAACUGUUAAUAAAAUAUGGCUCAGACGUGAACAUCAGAGAUCAAACCUCCGGAAGAACGGCGUUAUUCCAUGCAGCUGAAGCUCAAAACGUUGCGAUAGUAAGCAUGCUGUUGGAUCACAAGGCGGAUCCGAAAAUAAAGAAUUUCUUCGGGACGAGUCCUCACGACGCGAUGUACGAAUUGGAAGACAUGUCCGAGAAAGUGAAAAGUUUAAUCUUCGGCAGGAGUAAAAAGAGAAGCUUAGAGGCGGAAAUGAACCCGACGAGGACAGCGAAAGCGGUAAAAACGAUAAAGACGUACCCGAAGUUGAAAAAAAUCGAACCGAAGUUGAUGCCGCAGGAGCCCCACAGAACAUACGUCAGGUCAACUAUGAAGGUUAAAUAACGAAGGAGCGAAGAGGCAUGGAGCUAUGAAGGCAGAAGAGGAGAGAGAAAGAGAGAGGACGAAAGAACCGGGUUCUCUGAAAAGCCACCUCGGGGAAUAGUUGAGAAGUAACAGGGUAGAAAAAGAUAAAGAGAUUAGAGGUGAGGCAGGUAAUUAAUUGCACAUCCUUGCUUAUAUGUAAAUGUAAAGAAAUUGGUAUAGUUUUUUUUGAAGUAAACAAAACUCGUAUGUAUAUCAGCUUUAGUUACUUAAGUUAAUUUAUGGUUAUUAGGUUGGUACUGCUAUGAAAUGAAGUUUCAUAAACGUGUUUUGUACCAUCCAUUACUUAUAUACGGGGGGGGGGAACUUUCUAUUUAAUCUAAAUCAAUUUUAUAGUGUUCCCCUGUAUAUAAGACAGUCUCGAAAAAAUACAAUUAGGUAAUAAAUAUAAAGAUAAAAGAUAUAAUGUGUUUGGUAAAAUCCAAGUACUUUUUAAUUUAAUUAAAUUAAUUAAUUAAUCACUUAGGAAUGAUUCAGUUUUCUAAUUAACAAUAUUAUUGACGAUCAAAUAAACCUCAAGGCCCUAAAUCUUAAUGUUGUCGACGUUUUAUCGUAUAUUGGGCCAAAACUAUUUAAAAAGAAUAACGUGAAAUCCUUGGAAUGUACUUGGAACAUGUAGAAAACGUAAAAAUUUAUUUGAACUCCCUGAUGGUCACAAAACGUUAUUUCGCCAGCUUGAAAAAUAAUUGUAAGUGUUUAGAAGACAUAAGUGACUACUUUAAAUACCUCGGAGGUAUGAAAAAACUAUUCAGAGAACCCGGAAAAUAUGAAAAACUAUAUCGUUUCUAAUAUUAUUGGGUUUAAGGAUCACUAAAAUAGAAGUCCAAUCCUAUUUGGAUCUUCAGAGCGAAUUUUGAAUAUUUUGGACUUAUGUAAGUAAAAAAACAGAUUUAAAAUGAACAUUUAUACAGAACGUAAAUAUUUAAACUUUUAGGUACGGGACAUCAGACAAUACGUUGAUACAGACAAUACUAUUAAAAUACAAUUUACCACAGUAAAAUAAUUCCUAUUGCAAUAUACAUGGAGCGACAUACAUAUAUUUUUAGACAAUACAUGGAUACAAACAAUGCUAUUAAAAUAUAAUUUAUCACAGUAAAAUAAUUCCUAUUUUAGAAUUAUUUUCUUAUCUUCUUUGAUCCUAAAAUUAUUUUCCUGUUAUAAAUUAUACUUUAAUAGUAUCGUCUGUAUCUAGGUAUUGUCUGAUGUCCCGUACCUAGAAGUGUUCCUUAUAAAUGUUCAUUUUAAAUCUGUUUUUUGAUUUAAGUUCAAAAUAUUAAAUUCGCUCUGAAGAUGCAACUAUAUAUUGCGCGAAACGUUGGCAAGUUCAACUAGGAUGGGACUUUUAUUUUAUUGAUUAUAUAAAAUAUAAUCAAUAAAAUAGAGAUAAUAAAAUAAGAUAUUGAUCCCUAAACCCAAUGAUAUUACAAACGAUAUAAUCUUAUUUGGAUCGUUAAAUAAAAAAAAAUACAUAUCGCUACCUUCCAGGAAGACCGUCACAACUCGAAACAUGCUAUUUUUCAGUAGAGAUGUUUAAAAAUAUUCAAUAUUUAUAUCAUAGGGCUACGCUGCUUUUUGAAAAAUAGGGUAAAAGGAGGAGAGAUGGACCACAUUUAAAAAAAUUAAACGUGCUUCUUUAAUAAAAAAAAUAAAAUUGGAAAAAAUAUAUAUAACAUAACAUAACAUUGGUAUUUCUUUUGGUAUAAUUAGGAAUUAAAAAUAUUAAUUCUAGGCACUAAAAAAUAUACAUAAUGACAGGUAUGCCAUUGGUCCAUUUAUCCUGCUCUGUGAAGAUGAGAUGGACCACUAGGGGUAGGAUAGACGGACCAUGCUAUACUUUCUUUUUGUUUGGUGGCUACAGUCUUUCCACACUUAUUGCAAAGGUUAACGAAGCCAGAACAAGUUUCAUGUAACCAACGUUUACAAAUGAUGCGUUACUUCAUCAAGAGCCUUUCCGGGAGUUAUAUCUUCAUCAGGUACUGAUGACUUGUUAGGGUUGAUGGGUAAGGCUUUUAGAUUUUGAAUUCCGGAGGGGCUGGUUGAGGAGACUCGGCUCUAACUGAUAAGUUAUCCGUCUGGACCGUCUGUAAUGUUUCUGUUUCAGGACUUUCAAGUGGGAUAUUUUCAGGAGUAUCUUUAGGGCUUUUUGUUUCUUGUAAGCCAUUAUUAGGUUCUUUAGAUGAAUCGUUUUGAUUCUGCAGAUAUUCUUCGAAUUCUGGAACAUCUUUAGAAGUAUCUAUAUCUGUUUCUUGCAAACCAUCAUUAGGUUCCUUAGAGAAGUUUUUUCUCCCAAACAGUCUUGACAGGACCAAAUACGCAUUUGUCAAGGGGUUGUAACAUAUCCGUCAAAUGGCUUGGUAACUUAAUCAGGUUAACAUUGUUAGAGAUAGCUUCUUCAACUAUGCGAACACUAAUAUGGCUAGCAUGUCCAUCAUAUACUAGCACCGCAGUUUGGUUUGAAAGAUUCUUUAAUUGUCUUAUAUUUUUAUAUGAGGGAUAAGACCCUUGGUAAACCAAGUGAAAAAUUGUGGUUCCUCCAUCCAACCGUUUUUUGACACUGCAUAUAGAGUUCCAGGAUAGGCUUUCUUGGACACCCAGCGUGCUUGUACACCAGCGCCCUUAAAGACAAUAAGAGGGGGAAGCACAGAACCAUCUGCUCCCACACACGCUAGGACUGUAGUAGAUUCGCGACCUGAUCCACCAGAAACGCGACUUGCCUUUUUGUCCGAUUGGCCUUAAUCGACUUGGGUCACUUUUAAAGCCCGUCUCAUCCGCAUUAAAAAGGAAACAUGCCUGUUCUGGAGAUGUUAUUUGGAAUUGAUUAAAUGCGUUGCUUAAAUCUUCAUAGAACUUGCGAAUUACAUCCGGCCUUCUAGCGUCUAUCCGACAUUUUUGCAGAUGUUCAGGCUUUUUUAAAGAUAAAAGAUUUUUAUGCCAUUUUAAAAAUGAGUAAUACCAAUCUAUACCUGGGCGGUCAUCAACAAACUGUGUAGAUAUAUUACGUGAUUUUACAUACUCCUGAAUGAGAUCCAAUAGUUCGUCCUUAUCGCACGGAAAUCCAGCUUUUGCACGAGCCAACAAGUAAUCGACAAUUUUCUUUUCUGUGUCAUGAGCAAACGUUAAUUUACGACCUCGCCCUGUAGAAUCAAUGGCGGUUCUUCUUCCAUUAAGGCGCUGGGAAAUAACGGAAAUUGGUACAGAGUAGUGUUCUUGUGCCUGCUUGUAAGACAUAUUUCUAUUCUGCACAUCUCGAACGACAUUUUCUAGGUCUUCCUUGGUAUAAGCUGGCCCAUUAGUUUUUCUAAUAUACUUUCUGGGCAUCUGAAACAAAUAAAAAAUAAAUUUACUAAAAUUUAUGUUCACAUUUACCCUAUAAGUCUGUUUACAUUUACCCCAACCACGCGUUUACAUUUACCCCCAUUCACUUUUUUUCGGGGUAAAUGUAAACACUUUUUUUUAAGAUAUUAAGGUAAUAUUUUACUUUAAAACUUCAUUUUCACUAUUAAAAAUAUAUUUAGGCACAACAAUUAGGGUGUUUUUAACAAUACAAAGCUUAUUUUAUAGUACUUACCUUUAACAUUAAAUUUUCACAUAAAUAUUCACACAGUGGCCACCAAUGGAAAAACAGAAUUAUUGUUAUGGUUGGAAUGAAAGCACAAAACAAACUAAAAUCGAGCCUGCAGACACCUGCAUCUUUGUAUAGUAUGAAAGGAGGGGGUAAUAGACUGUGCCCGGAAGUAAUAAGUUUUAGCGGCAAAUUUAAAAAGAUUGCCUAUGGCGUUUACAAUUACCCCUGUUUACAUUUACCCCACUCGAUCCUAGUAAGUACUAACAAAAUUUAAAAAAUUAUCUAAAGAAGCUGCCUUCAAAGAAACUGCAAUUAUCAACAAGUAUGCUUCCUCCUUUAGCUGCUUCUACACAUAAUUCUGCAGCACAAGCACAUAAGCAGACAGCAAACAUUAUGACUGCGAUCACAUUGUAUUACUUAAAACUUUUAAAUUUUGAAAAAAUUAAACGAUUUAAUUUAACUUGUUUUAUAAAUAAAAAUGUUAUACUUACGCCUUAACAUUUUAUGCAAACAAAAACGGGUAUUAUUUACGGAUAGUAAGAACGUCAUAAAAGUAAAGAAAUGUUUAUAAAAAAACGUCCUAAAUAAACAAAUUUCAGCACAAAGUAAAAAAAAUAUUUCUUUUUACAAGGAAAAGCGCACUAUUCCUAAUUAUGAUUUUUUUUCCCGAAAAAAAAACAUACUUCAUUUCACACAUUUUCCAUAAAAGCCCCAGCAUAAAACGUGACGAUAUUUCUGGAAAAAUAUACAAAACAGAACUUACCUUUUCACAGAAAAUCGACCUAAACGUAUAUAGGACGGCCUCUUUUUAUGUUGUGACGCUCUUAACUGAAUAAACACAGGUGACGACUGCAACUGACCAAGCGGCUAUUCGUCGAAAUUAGCUUGAUGCGAUAUUUCUUGUAAUAGAAGCAAACUCUGCUGUAUCGUAUGUGACGGUGUUUUCGGAAGGUAGCGAUAUGAAUUUUUUUUUAAUCUCUAAAGAGUCCAAGGAAAUAUUUUAAAAGCCUAGAAAAGGAUUUCAAAUGCAUAGAAUAUGCCUCUGAAAACCAGAAAGAAAUAAAAACUGUUUUUAAAAAAAAUCUACUGAAAAGGCAUGGACCAUCAAUUAUUCCAAUAGCUUAGAAAAUCAAACAAAUCAUUCUUAAUCUUCCACGGGCACCAUUAAUUUAACACACAUAAAAGGACACCGUGGGGUCUCAGAGACCCCAUAUAAUAUAUGGGGUCAUACCAUACCAUACCCUGGUUCUAUUUAAAAAAAUAUGUGAAAAAACAAUCUUAUAUAGCAAUAAAGGUAGUAUAGUAUUUUUUUUUAAAUCAAAGACUAAAAUAUUACAGAGAAAAAAAAACUAAUUUAUUACAGAUAAAGAUAAAUAUUUAUUAUAAAAAUAAAUAACAAAGUCUUCUGCUUAGGAACAAAAAAAGGAAACAAAUAAACUACCCAAAAAAAAACUUAAAUAAAUAAAUGCUAACAAUUAAAACCUUAAUAAAUUAUACGGUACAAGUUUGGAAUUAUACAACAUAUUUUAUAUUAUUUGGUUUCCUGUCUUUUCCUCUAGGGCAAAAUCCACAUCUUACACGUUUUUGCAAUAUCACGGCCUCAGGUGUUUCCUCAGGAAUACCCAAAAUGUCUUUUAUAUAGGUCUUUAGGGUUUUGCUCAACGUUGGAAGUUCCAAGCGAACCCGAAACAUAGGUUCUAACAACUGAAGAUACAGUUUAUUGAGAAACUGCCGUCGGUUAAGCUUUUUGUUUUCACUUGCCAAGUUAUAAUUCCAUAGAAGUACCUCAUUGGCCAUCGUCGUGUUCCUCUGGCAGUUGUAUAUGCGUGCAAGUUUAUCAAAGGUAUCUGUUCCGCCCUUGGUACUAUUAUAGUCUAAGAUCAUUUCUGGUUUACCUGUUUUAGGAUCAACAGGGUUUGAAUAGUGCAUUGUUACAAAAAUAAUUUUAUUUUGUUUAGGCACAUAAGAAACCAAAGUUUUAUUUUGAUCAAAGGCAAAUUUGAAAGAUCCUUCCACCCUGCCAUCUAGAAAUGUAGGAGGUACCUCUCUUUUAUUUUUCCUUUGAGUUCCAAUCAUAGUAAGUUUAUAGUUGGUAAGCAUGUUUUCAAACAGGAAAACAAUUGUCCACAGUAAUGUUUCUGUUUGUUCCAUGAAUUGGUUUAGAAAGCUCUUUUGCAUAGUAUGAAGGAACCGGCUCAUUGUUUUCAGUACUAACUUUUCCAAUGUACGAAAUUGCAUUAACCAUAUACCAGGUCCUAGCAUCGUUCAUCAUCAUUAUUUUAAUUCCGUAUUUAUCUGGCUUAGAUGCUAGAUAAAUACGGAAUGGACAUUUACCUCUGUAACCCAUAAGUUGUUUAUCAAUUGUGCAGUAAGAAUGUGGUGUAUAAAUUUUUUACAGUUAGAAAUAAAUAGUUCCCAAAUAUCCCUUAUUGGGGCUAAUUUAUCAAGUAUUCUUCUUUCACCCCUGGUUUCCUUAUUGUCAAAGCGUAAGGAAGAACAUAAAAAUUGAAACCGCUUCAUUGAAUUGACUGCUCUAUAUAAGCACAUUCCAUAUGAAGGGUACAGGCAAAGAAGGUGCUAUGUCAAAAAAAUAAGUUUUGAGAAAAACGGCUUCAAAGGUUAAUACUCUAUGGUGUUUGUUUAUUGGGAAAAUAUAAAAGGUGAUAAAUUGUUUUAAUAAUGUAUUGGAGUAUUACCCUCUAGAGAGUUAAAUAUAAAAAGUCACAAAGCAAAUUCAAAAAAUGUAAAAGAACGUUUUUUACAAAAUUGCAAUUUUUAAAGAGAAAGAAGGUGUUUUGUCAAGCAAUUACACUAUACUACUAUAACACAAAGUACACUAAACUUGAUAUUGUAAUAGUAAAACUUAAAAUCCAUAUGAACAAAAAGUAAAACCGUUUUAUUUUCUAAAAGGCGA